AUGACAACUUUUUUGUUUAGGGGGUGUUCAUGUUGUUAUGAAUGCUUUUAUGUUGUUACAAACUCAAUAACCACAACACAGAGUAUGUUUAUAAAUCGUGACCAGUUUUACAAAAACGGGAGAUACGACUUAGAUCUCCUAGAAGAGCAUUACACACAUGGCGGUUCAGUAGACAAAUCAACAGUUUCCACCAUUAUCACUGAAGCCGUGCAAUUAUUAAAAAAAGAGCCGAACAUGGUCGAGUUGAAUGAAAAAGUUUUAGUGUUUGGAGACAUUCAUGGGAAUUACUUCAAUUUUCUGAACAUAUUGAAUGAUGACCAAUGGAAAGAGAUUGACCAUGUGAAAGUCUUUCUUGGUGAUUAUGUGGACAGAGGAAAAUACUCUGUUGAGACGAUGAUAACAUUAAUUUGUAUGAAGAUCAAUGAACCUGACAAAGUUGUCUUGUUGAGAGGAAACCAUGAAUCACUUUCUAUGACACACAUCUUUGGAUUUGAAAGGGAAUGGGUGUGGAAAUACAACAGCACAUAUAUAUGGUAU